GACACCAGUGUAACAGACACCAGUAAACCAGACACCAGUGUAACAGACACCAGUGUAACAGACACCAGAGCAACAGACCCCAGUAAAACCGACACCAGUGUAACAKACACCAGUAAACCAGACACCAGUGUAACAGACACCAGUAAAUCAGACACCAGUAAAACCGACACCAGUGAAACCGACACCAUUGCAACAGACGUCAGUGUAACAGACAACAGAGUAACAGACACUAGUGUAUCGGACCCCAAUGUAACAGACACCAGUGUAACAGACACCAGGGUAACAGACACCAGCGUUACAGACACCAGCAUAACAGACAACAGUGUAACAGACACCAGUGUAACAGACACCAGUAAAACAGACAUUAGUAUACCUGUCGCUCCACCUGAGAAACCUAAAGAACCGACUGUAGCUGUACCUCUUGUAACUGCACCUGUACCUCCACUCAAAAGAAAACCCAGUCCUCUGCCUCUAGAGCCUCCAGUGAAGAAAAAGCGAGGUCCAAAACCAAAACCAAAACCACAACAGCCCCAGCCUGAAACUCCCCAGUCUGACCAGGCCAACCAGGCCAACCAGCCUCCAUUAGUCAAACCCAAGGAGAUGGGUGUCGGAGGCCCCAAGAGAAGGCUAAAGAGAGGCAGACACAUCAAGGCCUCUCUGAUCACUGUGCUGACCAAAGAUAACCCUCCUCCSACGAUGGCUGACGGUGAUGUGGUUAGUGAAAUGCCCAGUGUCCCUUCUCAGUGUCCCACUAAAACCAAGUACCUCCCCCCGCGCAAAGGCAGGGGUCUGAAAUACGAGGCCAUGGUUCAGAAAAUAAACUCGGGCACCGGUUCGAAGAAACACCCGCCAACACCACAGCCCGAGAGCACAGAGGCGACAGUAGAUGAAGUGAUGUUAAAGCCUGUGUCGCUGCCCAUCUCGGAGGAGAGCGAGGCCCCAGUGGCGGCGGUGAGCGCCCCUGAUGUGUCACGGGAGGAGUUAGCAGGGGACGUGUGGAGCUCCACGGGGGCCCACAACACAGAACAGGRGGGAAGGGUGCAGCAAAACACCGGGGAGGGGGUGCAGCCGGAGCCACUCCCAUCAGGGGUGCCAGACGCUGCAGCGGCGAGCGSCGCCAACAAACCCACCAGGACCAAGAGGAGGAAAUGGGCCAUGGUAGAGAGCACGGACGCCACGGUGGUCGCCAUGGAGACGGGGAGCYUGAUCAUCAACACGCCGCGGCUGGCCAAGCAGAGGGCCAUCAAGAACAACCACGAGAUGCACCUGAAACAGAGGAGGAGGAAGAGGAAAGGAGGACAGCCUUCAGAGGGGCCUGUGGCUGACGAGGAGGUAGAGACAACAACAGGAGAACAGCAGACAGAGACACCCACUGACACAGCGUUAACAACAACGCCCGCUCUACCAGCCGGCCCGGGUGAGAUCACAUACAGCCCGCAGGUGAUCGCCACAGAAAUGAUCCAGCCGCCUCCCUCCAAACGAGGGAGGAAGCCCUCUUCAUCCCCUUCCAAAAAGAGAGGGAGAGCCCCAGGUGAACAACAGAGCAGCAAACCUCUGAGGGUUCACAAAAAACCUGGUCCUAAAAAGGGAAUCAAAGACGCCAUGGAGGUGAUUGAAGCGGUGGUAAAGGCUGCAGGGAGGGAGGCCAGACUCAAGAAGAAGAAAUGGAAAAAGGAAAGUCCUGCAGUGUCAGAGGAAAAGCAGCCGGAGCCCUCUCUCAAACAGGUACUGAGUAAGACUCCUAAAAGCAGAAUCAAACACUCCUUCUGUCCAUAUGUGCGUAUGGACAGCUCCAGAGACUUCACCUCUCUCUGUACCAUCGUCAACAGGCGCGAUGAAGAGGUGAAGAUGGUGCUUCAGAAGCCCCGGAAAAAGAGCCCGGACAAAAUWAAAAACCCAGUCACAGUUGCCAAGGCGAUACCCAGCUCCUCAGCUAUGCUCCAGGGGCCCUUGGUUAACAMAACGUUAAUUGACAGGUGUCUAACGUGUUGCCUGUGUGGAAAGCCAGCAAAUUACCGUGAGCUGGGGGAUUUGUGUGGGCCCUACUUCCCAGAGGAUAGCAUCCCCCGCAAAAUCCUGUCAGCAAGACAUACAGAAACCCMGAGGGAAAACCRRGAGAAAAUAAGCUACAACAGUAGCAUCAAGGAACCAAGCAGCAGCAGCCCAAAAAGCGAAGGAGACCACAGCUUCAAAAAGGAAGUUAGUGAAAAGGUGGAUAUGGAGACAGUCACAAAGGAGGGCAGUAGUAGUAGUGGUGGGAGUCACCAUCAUCAGCCCCACCCCCACCAUUGGCGCCCCAGGAGGGCAGAGAGGGCACCGGCGGAGAGCGGAAGCACGCACCGGCCCACCCUACGGGAUCGGUUCAGGAGGAUGCAGAAGCUCCAGGGGGAGAGGAGGGCUGCGGAGGCCACAGCUGGGGGUCAGGAAGGGGGCAAUGGAGGAGGAGGCCUGCUCCAGAGACUGAAGGAGGAGGCGGAGGCUAAGGAACACUGGGCUCAUGAGAACUGUGCUAUCUGGACCAAUGGGAUCAUCAUGGUGGCCGGGAGGCUGUACGGCCUGAAAGAGGCUGUUCACACCUCCACAGAAACGGUGAGACCUUCUUUCUCUAUGCUGAUUUCUCUCUCUCUCUUUCCCUCUCUCUCUCUCUCUCUCUCUCUCUCUUUCCCCCUCUCUCUCUCCGGUUGAUACUGAUAUUACAUCUUACCAAUGGAGAGUCAAUAUUUCAAGUGCUGUAUUGCACAUACAGUAAACUGUACAUGAUUUUGUGAUCUAUGAAUGCUAGCCUCCCACAGUUAGAUAUGA